ACCUUCUGAUCUCCAGCUACCCCAAAUCUGAUGAUCUACAUGGCACAGAAUGCUAAAGAUGUGGCUGUGUCUUACUAUUAUUUCUACCAGAUGGUGAAAUUGCACCCAGAACCUUGUACCUGGGAGGAGUUCUUGGAUAAAUUCAUGACUGGGAAGUUGGCUUUUGGUUCUUGUUAUGACCAUGUUAAGGGCUGGUGGGAGAAAAGAAAAGAUUAUCAUAUCCUUUACCUAUUCUAUGAAGACAUGAAAGAGGAUCCAAAGUGUGAAAUUCAGAAGUUAUUAAAAUUUCUAGAUAAAGACCUGCCUGAAGAAACUGUGGAUGAAAUCCUCUAUCAUAGCUCCUUUGAUAUGAUGAGGCAGAAUCCUAGUACAAAUUAUACCACUCUACCAAAAUUCAGUAUGGAUCAUUCUGUGUCUCCCUUCAUGAGAAAGGGUAUUUCAGGAGACUAGAAAAAUCACUUUAGUGUAGCCCAGUAUGAAAGAUUUGAAGAAGAU